AUACUCAAUCAUCUAUUAUAUUUUAUCUAUUAGUCGACUACUCUAAUGCUCGAUUGGUUAAGUUUGAUAAUUAGUUUGUUUAAAACUAAACCGACAGGUGAAGGUGCAACGGCGAUAAGACGUGAUAAUAUAAUUUUUAUUUUAGUUUUAAUUUGUAAGUUCUGACGAUUUACGAUAUUAUUCUUUAAAUGUUACACGUCUCAACAGUUUUUCGAAGAUUGAUUUCUAACGUUUUGCCUAUUCAGUCGUUCAAAAUGGUGAAGUACUUAAAACAAGACGAGGCCAUUGAAAUCGAUCAAGAACUGUUUAAUGUGUAUAAAUUUAGUGUUGAUCAACUAAUGGAGCUGGCUGGCUUAAGUUGCGCAACAGCUAUACAAAAAUGCUUUCCACCAAUUAGUCAUCACAAAGUUUUAGUUCUCUGCGGACCGGGUAACAAUGGUGGUGACGGUUUGGUGUGCGCGAGGCAUAUGAAACUGUUUGGUUACUCAUCUGAAGUAUAUUAUCCUGUACGUACAGAUAAACUUUUGUAUAGUAAUCUUGUGCAUCAGUGCGAGACAUCUGGUGUACUUGUGUCUGAUUCUCUAACUGACGAUAUGUCCUCAUAUGACCUCAUAGUAGAUGCACUGUUCGGUUUUAGUUUCAAACCACCAGUGCGAGAAAAAUUUCUGCCAGUCAUGAAUGCAUUGAAAAAAACCGACAAACCAAUUUGUAGCAUAGAUGUCCCGAGUGGUUGGAGCAUAGAAGGAGCUCCUGAUAAGGAUGCAAUUAAUCCAGAACUGUUGAUUUCAUUAACAGCACCAAAGGAAUGUGCCAAAAAUUUCAAAGGAAAAUAUCACUAUUUAGGUGGAAGAUUUGUACCAAAAAAGCUGGAAGAAAAAUAUAAAUUAGAAUUGCCUAUAUAUCCUGAUGCAGAAUGUUGCGUAAAACUAUAAAACUAUAGGUACACAAAAUGUAUAAUUUAAUUUAAAAAAAUAUGUUUAAGU